GUCCAAUCUUGUAUCUUUGGAAUAAGCUUUUUUUUUAUUAUCGUGUUUAUGUUUUGCCUGUAGUGGGUGUGUGGAUUAUUGUGUUAUUUGUUUCAUAAUUUUGAGAACUAACUAUAUUUUAUUAAUGUGUUUCUAUUGGGAAUCAAGUAGAAAGUUUAAGGAAUUUACCUAGUCCCGCAGUUUUAAUGUUGCUUCUUCCAAAGACAUGUCUACCAAACACUAUAUUACAACGUGUUCGUACUCUACCGUUUUAAGAAUGUUUUGAAAAUUUUCGGAGCAAACUGCCAUAACAAACAAUAAAAAUGAAAGUAAUGAGGUAAAAAAUUGGACUCAUGGAAACAAACAUUCACAGAAGAAAGUUGAAAGUUCCAAUGAGUUUUCUGCGGGCAAAGAAGAAUGUACGAGUGGGUUUUCCCUUCUGCGCAUGGCCCUUCUCGGACUGCCCCGACCUCAGCUGUACGGAACUUCCAUCCGACCAAAGCCAGUCCCUUUGACGAAUACUUCCAGUGCUAACAAGGCCUGCGAAACAAACUCUGGAAAACCGUCUCGUGCUGAAGAUUUGAAGCCCAUUCUCUUUGUUUCCGUAAAAGAAGAAGCUCAGGAACAUGAAGACUGCAAUACGACGGCGGGCUGGGAGGACGAGGAAGCAGACAGCUUCAGCGAUACAAUAUAUCCAGCCUUGCUGUGUUCUCCAGACUUAGAGUCUCCUAGUUCACCCGACUUGAACUCUGGUGACAAUGAACAGAUUUGGUCAUGUACGGAGGAAGUUGGCCCAGGUAGCUUUGAAACAGAAGAGGAUGUGGAGAAAUAUCAGCUAAAGUUUGCUGAUAGAAGCAGUUCCCAAUUUGUUCACUGUCGUAGUCAGAAAACUGGAGGCAGUGUAAACCUUUGUAGAGCUUACAAGAUCAAGGGUGCAAAACACGGCUUCAAUUGUGGUUCAGAAUCAUGUGACUGUAGUGGGGUAUUAUUAGCGCAUAGUGUGCAACACAAACUCUCCACUACCAAACAGUUUACGUGCACAAAGUGCGGGAAAUCUUACAAGCAACAAAAAAACCUGAAGAAGCAUUGUGAAAGAUUUUGUAGGAAGAAGUUUCACUCCAGAGUAGGCAAACGGAAGCGUUUCAAUCUGCUGAGAUGUGACGUGUGUGAUCGUAAGUUUACGACCAACCAGCAUUUGAAAAACCAUGUCCUCACCCACGGUGGAAAACGGCCUUACACGUGCGACAUAUGCGAAUGCAGCUUCAUUUACAAGAGCCAUGUCACCCGCCACCGGCUCACCCACACGAAUGAAAGACAUUACGUGUGCGACUAUUGUAGCUAUAGCUUCAUUCAGAAGAGUAACUUCCACCUGCACAUGCGUACGUUGGCAUGUUUGCCCACUCCUACAGCCAAACGUGUGUGCGAUUUCUGUUACCAAGCUUUUUCUAAAAAGAUGUAUUUGGAUAGUCACUUAAAGAAACAUGCCUCAAUUUUCAUUUCCACAGAGUAGUAGCAGUUUAAUGAAUCUAAAUUUCAAAUUAUUUAUGUAUUGUGAUCAGGAUUUAGUCUGUGUGUGUGUGCUUGUUGUUGUGUGACUGUAUUUAUUGUCUGAAAUUAUUAGUGUGUACUAGUCUAAGUUUUUGUAAUCUGAAACUCUAGCAAUAGUGACUUUUUACACCCACUAUUGGUAAGUGGAAGGAGGAUAUAAUUUUUUAUAAACUCAACAUUAGUGCUGUAAUAUAAUGAAACAAAGUAGACGUUGUUGCUGUUUUCAAAAUUUUCGGCUGUUUGUCUUUUUAUUUAUUUUUUGUUUUAUUUGCCCUGGCUGUACCAUGAAUGUUAUUGUGCAAAAUAACAGAAUGCCGAGAAAAACAAUUGUUUAAUAGUAAAAUGAAGUCAGAUUUUAACUCAUAUGCUAUCAUGAUCUAAUACAACCAAAGAACAAUUUCAUAAAAUGUUUUAUGUCAUAUUAGAAUUUUCUAACUUAUUUAAGAAUAAUUGAAGUUGGUAUUCUGUUUUUCAUAAAGUUUUCUUAUAUUACAUACAAUAAAAACAUCUUUAGAAAAAUUAUAUAUAAAUGAAUAACUUUUUUCUGGUCUUUAUAGUUUGUUGUAAACAGAAGCUGAAAAAUAAUAUAGGAUAACAAGUGAACUUAGUUCUCACUCAGUGUAUACAAUUAUGGAUUGAUACAAACAUAAAAAAAAGAAAAAAA